AUGGACGCGGCCAACGGGGCCGUGCCCGAGGGCGCGGCGGAGCAGCCCCGCGGCCCCGCGGCCGCCCCGUCGGGCAGGAAGCAGGUGAAGGUGGUGAUCGUGGGCGACGGAGGCUGCGGGAAGACGUCGCUGCUGAUGGUGUACGCCAAGGGCUCCUUCCCCGAGCAAUACGCGCCCUCCGUUUUUGAGAAGUACACGACGAGUGUGACGGUGGGGAAGAAGGAGGUCACCCUGAACCUGUACGACACCGCAGGACAGGAGGACUAUGACCGGCUGCGGCCCCUUUCCUACCAGAACACCAACGUGGUGUUAAUUUGUUAUGAUGUCAUGAACCCCACCAGCUAUGAUAAUGUAGCAGCCAAGUGGUACCCUGAGGUGAAUCACUUCUGCCGGGGCGUCCCGCUGGUGCUGAUCGGCUGCAAGACCGACCUGCGCAAGGACAAGGAGCAGCUGCGCCGCCUCAGGGCUGCCAGGCAGGAGCCCAUCACCUACAGCCAGGGUGAGGCAGCUUGCAAGGAGAUUAAUGCACAAAUUUACCUGGAAUGCUCAGCAAAAUGUCGUGAGAACAUAGAAAAUGUUUUUAAAGAAGCCACAGCCAUUGCACUGAGUGCCAUGAAGAAAGCCAAGGGCCACAGGAAACGGAAAGUGUGCUCAGUGUUAUGAUCUGGACUGCACGAGAGCCAAGUGAUUCAGAUUUUAUACAAGUUUCACUUUAAAAACUUUUUUGAAAACAUAUUUGUAUUCCUAGGAUAAUUUUUAUUUUGAAAUUUUAAUUAUUUUUAGUAUUUUUGCACUUUUGUUAUACUGUUCUCACGGAAUUUUCAAAGCUGUUUAUCACAGUUAACUCAUGCUGUGUGCCUUCACCCAUCUGGCUUUUGCUUCUAAGUGUGAACAACUCACUAUUUAAACUGCAAUGAACAGCAACUGCUACUAUAGAACUUAGUGUUGGAGUUUUUCUUCCUCUGCAAAAUAAUUGUGGCAUGUUAGAGCUACAAUUUACUGCCUUUUUCCAGUAGAAAACUCACAUCUUUCAGAAGCAAUGCUAAAGCAGCUUAUCAGGCAG